AUGACUGAACUACACCGCAAAGCAGGAAUGGACUCCUGCAAACUGCUUGCCACGCCGAUGACGUCUACAACGGCAAACACUUCUGAAGACUCACCGCCUUUGGAUAAUCCCACGGGUUAUCGUCAACUGGUUGGCUCGCUUAUGACUCGUCCAGACUUGUCAUUUGCUGUCAACCAGCUGUGCCAAUUCAUGUAUAACCCGACGCAAAACAAUUGGGCUACAUUUAAACGUGUAUUGCGAUUUGUCAAGGGCACUCUUCACCCAGGCCUUCGCCUAACAACUUCGUCAUCACCAGUUGUCCCUGCCUUCUCCGGCUCCAAUUGGGUCGAUUGCUCUUUUGACCGUAAGUUUACUGCUGGCUAUGCAGUGUUUUUUGGUCCCAAUCUGAUCUCAUGGUCCUCUAGGAAGCAACAAACUCUGGCCCGUUCCUCAACCGAAGCUGAGUAUAAAGCACUUGUUCGAUGUUUCUGUAGAGGUCGUAUGGGUUCAAUCUCUUCUCCUUGA